GAAAUUGAUCGAAAAGCAAAAAAUUGUAGGGAGUUCGAUAAAGAGGUUCAGGAAAUUGUAUUGAAACAGAAAUGAUGAGCAUUACCGGAGAGGUGAACUUUAGAUGUGAAAUUUGUGAUAAGCUUUUCUCUCAUGGCAGUCAACUUAAAACACAUAUGGCGAUUCACACCAGUGAGAAACAUUUUAGAUGUGAUACAUGUGGUAAAUCAUUUUCUUACCUUAGUAAACUGAAAAAACAUAUCCAUAUUCACACUGCUGAGAAGAAUUAUGAAUGUGAUACUUGUGGCAAAGCAUUUUCAAGUAGCUCUGAUCUUCAAAGGCACAUUGCAAUUCACACUGGUGAGAAGAAAUAUAAAUGUGAUAAUUGUGGCAAAGCAUACUCAAGAAGCGAUUAUCUUCAAACGCACAUUGCAAUUCACACUGGUGAAAAGAAAUUUGCAUGCCAAAUCUGUGAUAAAUCAUUUUCUUGCCUUAGUACCCUGAAAAGACAUAUCCACAUUCACACUGGUGAGAAGAAUUAUAAAUGUGAUAAUUGUGAUAAAGCAUAUUCAAGUAUCUCUAAUCUUCAAAAUCACAUGACAGUUCACACCGGUGAAAAGAAAUUUGCUUGUGAUACAUGUGAUAAAUCAUUUUCUUACCUUAGUAACCUGAAAAGACAUAUCCACAUUCACACUGGUGAGAAGAAUUAUAAAUGUGAUAAUUGUGAUAAAGCAUAUUCAAGUAUCUCUAAUCUUCAAAAUCACAUGACAGUUCACACCGGUGAAAAGAACUUUGCUUGUGAUACAUGUGAUAAAUCAUUUUCUUACCUUAGUAACCUGAAAAGACAUAUCCACAUUCACACUGGUGAGAAGAAUUAUAAAUGUGCUAAUUGUGAUAAAGCAUAUUCAAGUAUCUCUAAACUUCAAAGUCACAUGACAAUUCACACUGGUGUAAAGAACUUUGCAUGCGAAAUAUGUGAUAAAUCAUUUUCCUACCUUAGUAACCUGAAAAGACAUAUCCGCAUUCACACUGGUGAGAGUGAGAAGAAUUAUAAAUGUGCUAAUUGUGAUAAAGCAUAUUCAAACAUCUCUAAUCUUAAAAGUCACAUGACAGUUCACACUGGUGUAAAGAACUUUGCAUGCGAAAUAUGUGAUAAAUCAUUUUCUAACCUUAGUUCCCUGAAAAGACAUAUCCGCAUUCACACUGGUGAGAGUGAGAAGAAUUAUAAAUGUGAUAAUUGUGAUAAAGCAUAUUCAAACAUCUCUAAUCUUCAAAGUCACAUGACAGUUCACACUGGUGUAAAGAACUUUGCAUGCGAAAUCUGUGAUAAAUCAUUUUCUAACCUUAGUUCCCUGAAAAGACAUAUCCGCAUUCACACUGGUGAGAGUGAGAAGAAUUAUAAAUGUGAUAAUUGUGAUAAAGCAUAUUCAAACAUCUCUAAUCUUAAAAGUCACAUGACAAUUCACACUGGUGUAAAGAACUUUGCAUGCGAAAUAUGUGAUAAAUCAUUUUCUAACCUUAGUUCCCUGAAACGACAUAUCCGCAUUCACACUGGUGAGAGUGAGAAGAAUUAUAAAUGUGAUAAUUGUGAUAAAGCAUAUUCAAACAUCUCUAAUCUUCAAAGUCACAUGACAGUUCACACUGGUGUUAAGAACUUUGCAUGCGAAAUAUGUGAUAAAUCAUUUAAUUGUAAAGGUAAUCUUAAAAGGCACCUGUCAAUUCACACCGCUGAAAAGAACUUUGCUUGUGAAAUAUGUGAUAUUUCAUUCAAUAUUAAAGAGAAGCUAAAAAGGCAUAUGGAAAUUCACAGUGGCGAAAAAAAACAUAAAUGUGAAAUUUGUAAUAAAAAAUUUACUCAAAGAAGCAACCUUACAUCUCAUUUAAUAAUCCACAAAGGUGAGAAGAAAUACAAAUGUGAAAUCUGUUCAAAAGCAUUCAUCAGACGAAAUCAAUUCAAGGCGCAUGUUUUAACUCAUGCUGGUCAGAAGUUUCAUAGAUGUGACAUUUGUUUUAGAACAUUUCUCUAUGCAAGCAAGCUGAAAAGACAUAUAAGGACUGCAAAUCACACUGGUGAAAAAAGGAUUACAAUCAUGUGGAAUUUGUAAAAAAAUCAUUUCUUCGAAAACCCCUCCUUAAAAGCCAUUUACGAAUACACACAGGCGAGAAGUAUUUCACAUGUGAAUUCUGUGAUAAGUCAUUCAGAUUUAAAAGUAAUCUAAACAGUCAUUUGAAAAUUCAUACUGGUGAGAAGAACAACGUACUAGUAUGCGGGGUUUGUCAAAAAACCUUUUAUGAAAGUAGUGACCUCAGAAAACAUAUGA